AUGGACGACGAAGGUCUGGUACGUUUGGGUGAACGUCUUGAAAGAUCACCUCUAUCAUAUGAUUGUCGACAUCCGAUUAUUUUGGGAAAAGGAUCGCAUCUGGCUGCCCUUCUAAUCAGAAGGUCUCACGAAGAGGUGAAGCAUUUUGGAGUAAACACAAUACUCUGUAACCUGAGGCAGCGCUAUUGGCCAAUAAGAGGAAAGGAACAAGUGAAGAAGAUCUUAUCGAGCUGUGUCUUAUGCAAGAAAUGGCGUGGUAAUCCUGGUGUUCAAUUUAUGGGUGACCUUCCUGCAUCGAGAGUUGACUUCCCAAACCCACCAUUUACCUUGACGGGCGUUGAUUAUUUUGGCCCUAUAACCACCAAAGCUGGCUUUAGAGGAGGUCGACGAGAAAAGAGAUACGGAGUCGUGUUUACAUGUCUACAAACACGCGCUGUUCACCUUGAAGUUGCCCAAUCCCUAUCAACUGAUGAUUUAUUGAAGGUUUUUUCUCGAUUUGUCGCCAGAAGAUCGAAACCGAAACGGAUGUUUUCAGACCAGGGGACCAAUUUCGUUGGAGCAGAGAGAGAAAUGCGCCAGUUAGUAAAAGAAUGAUGCAAUGAUGUCGUUCUAAAGCCGAAGCUACAACAAGAAGGCUUGGAUUGGAACUUCAAUCCUCCUUUUGUUCCUCACAUGGGAGGAGCCUGGGAAGCCAUGGUAAAACUGGCAAAACGUGCGAUAACAGCCACAACAAACGGAGCUCAACUCACAGAUGAUGAACUUUCCACCGUUGCAGCUGAAUGCGAAGCCAUGUUGAAUAAUCGUCCGUUGACGUAUGUAGGAAGUGAUCCAGAUGACGUAGAGCCUCUGACCCCGCGAAUUUCUUAG